AUGUAUGUUGGCGGCGGUAGUGAGGUAGAGGCAUUGGACGGCGAAAAUGAACAUCCCGAGAAUUUGGUGAGGAAGAAAAGGAUAUUAGGAGGGGAAGUGGUAAAUGAUAAUGUUGGGAUUUUUGUGGCCAGUGUGCAAAGAAGAGCGGAUCGAGCCCAUUUAUGCGUUGGCACCCUCGUCACUUUAAGACACUUGGUCACCACAUGCCACUGCGUGGCGCACAGCGACGACAGCUCUUCGGGAAUCACGACCGCCCUUCCGGAAGGUCAUAUCGUCAUCGCCGGUUCAAAGAAUAGCUUUACUCUUGAUAACCAGAACACGAGAAACGUGUCGCGGAUGGAGGCUGAUUACAGAUGUAGGUACAACAGUGAUGCCGCGAUGUGGGAAUACAACUUAGGUUACAUAACCGUCCUCAAGGCCUUCCGCUAUAUAGAAAACAAGUUGGGCACCAUUAAAAAAUUACACAACACGCAAAAGGAUUUGGACGAUGAACUUUUGGUUUUGAUGUCGACUAAGGCGUUGCAGUCUGGAGGCUCGGAAUUCUGCAUGGUGUACGGCUGGGGCGGUACUGCGACCAAGACCACCGACGGUGUCUUCGACGUGACCACUUUUCCCGAUCCACUAAAUCAUAAAGCAGUGCAAUUCAUCACUCUGCCAACGUGUCAAGUUCGACUGUGUACCAUAGGAAAGGGAAUUUGCCGAUAUAAUUUUUACAAAAAUAAAUGCUUUUGCGUGGCUGCUUCUGGUGAUGGUGUCGGUCCGUUGUGCGACGGCGACAGCGGCGCACCUUUAAUAUGUAAAGAGAAAUUUUACGGUGUCGGAGAGGUCGUUCACGAAUGUGGCGCUGUGAAAGUUAGCUUGUUUUUUAAGCUCGAUAUAGAAAGUAUAAAGCACUACAUUUUAUCAGGCACCUCUUUCCCAAAAAUCAAUUAUCCGCUGUUCUUUAUUAUGUCAGUCUUGACAAUAAUGCCGGUGUAA